AUGAAAUGUGGGUUUUUUUAUAUUUGGUUUGUUGUACUGGAGCCUAUGAUAGGCCACUCAUUUUAUUUGCAUAAGACUGGGGUUAGUCAUCCUUUGUUUUCUUUCUAUUCAUUGAAUGGCUUGUUAUAUUUUCAUUCUUACUAUUCGGUGAAGGAUUUAAUUCUUCCUUUGAUUAGCACUACGCUGAUCGUUCAUUGGCUGUUUUAUGUUCCUAACUUAUUUGUUGAUGUAGAUUCUUAUCUAGAAGCCGAUUUUUUAAGAGCUUCUGUUAGGAUUAAUUUGAUAAUUUUGGAGAAUCGUAAAGUUUUGGGUCUUAUAUUUUGCUUAUUGUUUUUGUCACUUGAUAGUCAUGAUUUUUGUGGUACUGAUGUCAAUAUUUAUGGUAGAAAUAAUAGACAGGUUGUCAUUGAUAUUGAUGGUGCUAUAUUUGUCUUGUUAGAAGUUAGUUUUUGCUUAGUGGCUGGGCAACAUGCAGUGGGGGGUACCUUUGGUGGCGUUUCCUACGUGUUUGCCAAUUUUCCAUGCCGAGGCAACAAGUCAUGGGUUAAGUGCUGGUUUUUUUGUUUGGUUUGUUGUGAUGUUUCUAUGUCUGAUAUUGGUGGUGAGAUUGUGGUGGUUAUUUGUGGUUUCGGGUUCAUUAAGUUUAUGUUCGUUUCCUUCGACUAUACAAUUUUUGUGAGGUGUAUUUGGGUAGUCAAUGUUCUAAUGUAUUAUUUUGCAUAUUUGUGUUGUUUUUGUGGUACUUUAAACAUUUUGAACAUUAGGCUUUUUGUCAAAUUUCUGCCAUUUAUAGCUUGGCAACAUGUUGCAUCCUUAAGAAACGUCACUGCUAAGUGUAGACGUGGUUUCAGCAGCCUUACUUUGAUAUUUAAGCCUUUGUAUACAGUUGGUAGAAUUAUGAUUGUAUUUCAUUUGCAUCUGGUCUUCUUUGAGUGCUUUACUAGUAUUAUUUGCAAUAAAGUUGCCCAAUUUUGUGUUUUAUCAGUUCAUUCCUCUUGA